GGGCAGAGGUCCUGCACCUCUCCCAACCUGCAACCAGGGAAAGUGCCCUAGACCCAUAAUUCUAGAGAUCUCCAGCAGUUCUGCCACCCUGCCGGGCUAGGAAGAUGGUGGUUCCCUAGGCAGGUGCCUACUCAGCCAACCCCCAAUCUUGGCCCUAUGAAACAGACAUAUACAUUGUAAAUAAAGAUCAGUAUUAUCAUAGCCCUAAUACUGAGGUCCAUGUUCUUCAGGAAAGAUAAUGUUCCCUCUACAGAACCUUCUCUCUCCUGCUCUGGUGCUUCUGUACAAUGUAUAGUAUGGAAUAUAGUGUAUAAUGUGUCAGUGACUGUAUACACACAUGUAUAUGUAUAUUGUAUGUAGAAUUGUUAUAGAUAGUAUAGAAGAUAUUAAUUGAAUAGAUAAAAAUUAUGAUAUUUCUCUUAUUUUUGUAGACGAAGGACACAUCCAGCUAUUUCUAGGCAGGGACAGCUGCUAUAAGAUCGCGGACAAGGUAGUAUAUAAAGGGAAAGAAUAGAUGUUGUACGGAUAGAAGUAAAUACAGGGAUAUACUGGAGACAUACAGGUACUGUAUAAUAGAAUGUAUUUAGAUAAGAAAUGUAUUACCAGCCUCUAACUCUUCUCUUCCCUCUAGUAUCUACUGGCCAUGGUCCUCAUCUACUUCCGAAGAGCCAACCUGCGUAUGGAGGAAUAUAACACCUACUUCUUUCCAGCGCUCUUUCUUGCCAACCAGUUUGAAGAGGAUGAGAUGUUUCGACGCGAGAUCUACCCCUGGGCCCUCGGACCGAUGUGGACGGCGAUGAAGACCUGGAUGCUACACCUACGGAACCUGCUGCUCCUCCGGAUGAGAUUCCACGCUUGGGUGACCAGAGACACCUGUGAUCGGAUCAUGGCACAAGACCCCGAGUACUGGGCAUGGAAGAGAGAGCGGAAGGAACAUCACGGCUGGGCCAUACGCUGGUACCGGAGGGAUCCUGGAGAAUACAUCCCGAGAGGCCCAUGGUGGAUCCCUCCCGCCUGCUCCAUCUGUAUCACCGAUCUGCAGCCUUGUGCCGGGGAAGAGAACACCAAGCGAAGAAGGACGAAGAAAGAAGAACAGAACGGAUAAAGACCAAGCCAUCCCAGAUGUAUUCUUAAGGGCACGUUCCCACUUGGCAUAUAUGCG